AUGGCUGCUGUUGCCGGCACCCGCCCUGGCAAACCGAUUGUUGUUGGUCUCUAUGGGGUCCCCGGCUCGGGGAAAUCAUACCUGCUGAAACGGCUUGAACUGGCACUUGGGCAAGAUGUUUUCGCGUUCUUUGAGGGGUCUAAGGUGAUCGCUGACAUCGUUCCUGGUGGCCUCGAUGCGUUCGUCAAGCUAGGAGAAGAAGACAAAGCAUGCUGGCGAGAACGUGCUAUUGAUAGCAUCAAGAAGAAAUGUGCGGAUGCUGGGAAAGUUGGAGUAGUCGCUGGCCACUUCAUGUUCUGGUCAGAGAACAGUUCGACGGGUACCGUCGUCUGCACCAGCCGCGAUCUUGAUACCUUCACCCAUAUAUUGUAUCUCGAUGUCCCCGCGAAUGUUGUUGCUCAAAGACGCUCGCAAGACGCUGAAAGAAGCCGGCCAAAUGUAUCCGUCUUGCAUCUAGAACAAUGGCAGCAGGCCGAAAAGAGCCAGUUGCGCUAUUCCUGCCGGAUCCAUGGCAUCCUGUUCAUGCUAUUGUCUGCACACCAAGUGGCUAUCGACAGUGUUGCCACACUUUUGAACAACUUCCAGCGGUAUAAUGAGAAGUAUAACCUUUCCUGUGCUGAAAAGAAGCUGGAUGACAUCAUGGGUACUAGGCACGGGUUGGGGACGAUGCUGGUCCUAGACGCAGACAAGACAUUGGCUGCCGAAGACGCUAGUACUCUGUUUUGGCAGACUUCUAGUGCUCACAGGAAAAGUGGUGAAGAAUGCCCGUUAAAACUGCUAUUUUCAAGCCCGCUCGGCUACUCUUACACUGCAUUUCAGCAAGCUACACUUCUCUAUGAAGAAGCUACCGAUGAUCAGUCGUUUGAAACUAUCUGCCAGGAAGCCGCGUCAGCAAUCAGGAUAUAUCCUGAAUUCAAAGACCUAUUAAACAGGCUGGCAGAUAAUAAGCAUGCUGGCGCAGUGGUGGUUACAUGCGGGCUGCGACGUGUUUGGGAAAUCGUCUUGGAGAGAGCAGGACUAUCCAGGUCGGUGAGCGUAAUUGGCGGCGGACGCCUUACCGACGGAUUUGUCGUCACACCCACCGUUAAAGGUGCACUGAUUGACCGGCUGCGAAAUGUCUACCGGCUGCACGUUUGGGCGUUUGGAGACUCCCCAAUGGACUUGAGCAUGCUGCACAAGGCUGACCAAGCAGUAGUUGUUGUUGGAGACAAAUGUAACCGGAGCAGGUCUAUGGAAUCAACUCUAAUGCAUGCCAUUGACGCCGAAGGCCUUCAGGCACGUCAACUCCUGCUGCCUAGCACCGUGUGUCCGCGGCUGGAUCUCGUUAGGCUCCCUUUAAUCAGCCUAACUGACAGUGAGGUGAUAAAUUCAAUAUUUCGCCACUACGAUAAGGCUUCUGGUCUUCAGGUCCUGCAUGCAACGGACAAAAGUACGGCAAAGUUACUUAUGACGCCAAUGCGAGAUGCAGCCAAUGCAGGCCCGAUGCUAAGGGGCGCCCACCGGCGAGCAGGGCGAUUCCUGGCAACGGACCUUGUUGCCGACCUCAUCGGCCUCGAGGAGUUUCCCAUCCGCCACGUUCAAGGGAAUCAAACGAAUGGGCAUCGGUUGCUGCACGAGAAAGACACGCUGAUUGUGCCACUCAUGCGAGGUGGCGAGCCGAUGGCUUUGGGCGUCCAUGAUGCGUUCCCGCUGGCGAUGUUUCUCCAUGCCCAUGACCCAACAGAUAUAAGCAGCGAUCAUCUGCGAGGGAAGAAUACUGUUAUUUUAGUCGAUUCAGUGGUGAACAGCGGCCGAUCUAUCCUGGAGUUCGCUCAACACAUCCGCGCGGUGCACCUCACUAUUCGCCUAGUCGUGGUUGCCGGUGUCGUCCAGGCAAGCGCGGUGUCUGCAGAGGGCAGCCUCACCAAGGCUUUGGGCGCAGACAAGCAUUUUAGUAUUGUUGCACUGCGCCUUUCUGACAACAAGUUCACUGGCAAAGGCAGCACAGAUACGGGCAACCGACUGUUCAACACGGUCGAUCUGAUGGCGCACUGA